GACGACACUGUCCCUCAGUUAGAGGAGCCGAUGUGGGGGACAUCUCUCAGAAGACCAGAGUUCAGGCUAGGAAGAACCGCACAGAUCACCUCGAGGUUUAUGUGACGUGUCCACAAGAGUAAGAACUCCAGCGCUGAGAGAGUCAGUGUGUUUAGUGGAAGAAAAGCAUCAUCUGUGUUUGCUGCUGGUCAGAGGGAUGGAAGAAACAUGUCUGCUGCUUUAGAGAAAUACUGCGGCUCUGUUUUCUGGAAUGCCUCGUACCUGCAGCGGCCGGACCCGGAUCUGCCGGUGUGUGUAGAGAGGACGGUUCUGGUCUGGUUCCCCGUGCUCUUCCUCUGGCUCUGCGCUCCGUGGCACUUCACGAGUUUCUGCAAGAAAUCUGCCAAAGCUCCGGCCUCACGACUCUACAUCUGCAAACAGAUUGUGUGUGGGCUGCUGUUCCUGACAGCGGUAGCGGAGUUAGCGCUCACUCUGGGAGAGGAUUACGGGCCGUCGAGUGAAUCCACCGCACAGAAACACCCAGCCGUGUUUUACACCAACCCUGUUCUCUUCGCAGUUUCAUGGAUAGUGGUGAUGUUGUGCCAGGAGUCGAUGCGGCGCAGGGUGAAGUCUGUGGACUCCGGGAGCCUGUUCCUCUUCUGGCUCCUUCAGGUGCUGUGUGCAGUUUUCCAGUUCCAGACGUUACUGAGGGAAGCGCUGGCACAGGAUGAAGUGCCGGAUGUCCCACGGUUUUCCCUGUUCUACAUCGGUUAUGGACUGCAGAUCAUCGCUCUGGUUCUAUCAGCCAUCGCUGACCUCUCACCGGAAGUUAAGAAACGCUCACAAACGAAUCCCGAAGCAAAAGCAACGUUUCUCAGCAGGAUCACCUUUAACUGGUUUAACAGCAUGGUCCUCAAAGGCUAUAAGCGGCCUCUGGUUCAGGAGGACAUGUGGGAUCUGAACGAGGAGGACUCCACUCACUGGAUCUGCCAGCAGUUCGAGGACGUCAUGGCGAGAGAGCUGAGGAAGGCUCGCGGCGUCUUACAGAAGAAGCGAAGCAAGCGGCCGACGCGCGGUGAGGCUCAGAACGGCUUGGCCAAAGGAGUCAGUCAGGAUGUUCUAGUUAUGGAGGAGACGGGGAAAAAGAAAGACAAAAAGAAAGCGAAGAAGGAUUCUGAAUCCGACGACUAUCCUCAGUCCUGGCUGAUUCCCACCAUCGUGAAGUCCUUCAAAGGUGUUCUUCUAGAGUCCGCGUUCUUCAAGCUCAUACAGGAUCUGCUGGCGUUUGCUAGUCCACAACUUCUCAAGUUAAUGAUAGCCUUCGUUCAGGACAGAUCGAGCCACGCGUGGACCGGAUACCUGUACGCCGUGCUGCUUCUGCUCGUGGCGUUUGUACAGUCCGUUAUUCUGCAACAGUAUUUCCAGCGAUGCUUUAUCCUGGGCAUGAAAGUUCGCACCGCCAUCAUGGCCGCUGUUUACAAGAAGGCAUUAGUUGUAUCUAACGACUCUAGGAAAGAGUCGACCGCUGGGGAGAUCGUGAACCUGAUGUCAGCGGAUGCUCAAAGGUUCAACGACGUCACAAACUUCAUUCAUCUGCUGUGGUCGUGUCCGCUGCAGAUCGCCCUGUCCAUCGCCUUCCUCUGGAUCGAGCUGGGCCCGUCUGUGCUGGCGGGCCUGUUGGUGAUGGUGCUGAUGGUUCCCAUUAACGGCUGGCUGGCCACCAAAUCCAGGGCCUUCCAGGUGGAAAACAUGAAAUUUAAAGACUCACGCAUGAAAAUUGUGAAUGACAUAUUGAAUGGGAUCAAAAUCCUCAAGUAUUACGCCUGGGAAUCCUCUUUUGAGUCUCAGGUUCAGGGGAUUCGAGAAAAGGAGCUGAAGGUGAUGAGGAAGUUUGCCUACCUCUCUUCUGUCUCCACAUUCAUAUUUUCAUGCGCUCCAGCUCUUGUUUCUCUCGCCACCUUCGCUGUGUUCGUGUCUGUGAGUCCGGAUAACAUCUUGGAUGCAGAGAAAGCUUUCACCUCGAUCUCGCUCUUCAACAUACUGCGCUUCCCACUCGCCAUGCUUCCACAGCUGAUCUCCAUCAUGGUUCAGACCACUGUAUCUAAGAAAAGACUUGAGAAGUUUCUGAGUGGGAGUGAUCUGGACACGACGGCGAUAAAGCAUGACGACAGCAACAAAGCUGCGGUGAGCAUGACCGAUGGCACGUUUUCCUGGGAAAGAGAAACAGAACCAGUGCUGAAACAUGUGUCUCUGGACAUUACCCCGGGUCGUCUGGUGGCAGUGGUGGGAGCUGUGGGAUCGGGGAAGAGUUCACUGAUAUCGGCUCUGCUGGGAGAACUGCACUGCCUCAAGGGAAACAUUAAUAUAAACGGGUCGGUGGCGUAUGUCCCUCAGCAGGCCUGGAUCCAGAACGCCUCACUGAAGGAUAAUGUCCUCUUCGGCUCUGAGCUGGAUGAAGAACGGUACCGGUCCGCGGUGGAGGCCUGUGCUCUCGGGCCUGACCUGGACCUGCUGCCCGGGAGAGAUCAGACCGAGAUCGGAGAGAAGGGCAUCAAUCUGAGCGGCGGACAGAAACAGCGGGUGAGUUUGGCCCGGGCGGUUUACAGCUCCGCUGACGUGUUCCUUCUGGAUGACCCGCUGUCUGCUGUCGACUCACAUGUGGGAAAACAUCUGUUUGAACGGGUGAUCGGACCCAAAGGACUGCUCAGAAAUAAGACUCGUAUCCUGGUGACACACGGGAUUAGCUUCUUGCCGUUUGUAGAUGAGAUUGUGGUGUUGGUGAAUGGGGUUGUGUCCGAGGUGGGAUCAUACGACGCUCUUCGAGCCAGUAAAGGCGCUUUCAAUGAAUUCAUGGAAACUUACGGCAAAGAGGAAAACAAUGCUAAUGGCAAUAAAGCAGCAGCUCGGGGGUCCGACUAUGAAGAUAUCGACACCCUGCCGGAGGGUUUGGAGCCUCAGGCCGACAGCUCUCCAGAGGACAUCGUCUCAAACACACUAAAGAGAGAAAACAGCCUCCGUCACUCUCAACGGAACGGAAGUGUGAGAGUAAGGAAGAACAGCUCUCUUCGAAGUAAAAAAGACUCAGACGAUAAGAAAGGACAGCGACUGAUUGAGAAAGAGACAAUGGAGACCGGAAGGGUGAAGUUCUCAGUGUAUCUUCAGUAUCUGAGGGCGAUGGGAUGGUGUUACGUCACCUGGAGUUUCCUCAUCUACUUCAUCCAGAAUGUGGCCAUCAUUGGUCAAAAUCUGUGGCUCAGUGACUGGACUAAUGAUGCCGUAGAUUAUUUCAACACAACCUACCCGAAUCAUAUUAGAGACACGAGAAUAGGUGUCUUUGGAGCCCUGGGAAUUGCACAAGGAUUUCUGGUGUUUUUAGGCACUAUACUCCUAGCUGAUGGAUCCAUAUGUGCGUCCAGGACUCUACACACAAAUCUGCUGUCUAAUAUUCUGAAAGUACCCAUGGUGUUCUUUGAUACCACACCUUCAGGACGAGUAGUCAAUCGUUUCGCUAAGGAUAUCUUUACUGUGGAUGAGAUGAUCCCGAUGUCCUUCAGAUCCUGGAUUCUCUGUCUUCUCGGAGUUCUAGGGACCUUGUUUGUCAUCUGUCUGGCUACUCCAAUCUUCACUGCAGUUGUUGUACCAAUGGCUGUUAUCUACUACUUUGUGCAGAGGUUCUAUGUUGCUACAUCCAGGCAACUCAGACGACUGGACUCUGUGUCUCGAUCUCCCAUUUACUCUCACUUUGGAGAAACGGUAUCAGGCCUCUCUGUGAUAAGGGCGUAUGGGCAUCAGCAGCGUUUCCUAAAGCAAAAUGAGGACACCAUUGAUCAGAAUCUCAAAAGCGUCUAUCCUUGGAUUGUUUCUAAUAGGUGGUUGGCCAUGCGGUUGGAGUCUCUGGGGAAUCUGGUGGUGUUUUUCUCAGCGUUAUUUGCUGUAAUCUCUCGAGACUCUUUGAAUAGUGGAUUGGUUGGACUGUCCAUCUCAUACGCCUUAAAUGUGACGCAAACUUUGAACUGGCUUGUGAGAAUGACAUCAGAAUUGGAGACCAACAUCGUCGCUGUGGAAAGAGUGAGCGAAUACACAGAGAUAAAAAAUGAGGCUCCGUGGAUCACCAGUAAUCGUCCUCCUGACGACUGGCCCUCCGCCGGGAAAAUUCGCUUUGAAAACUACAAAGUUCGAUACCGGCCUGAAUUGGAGCUCAUUCUCCAUGGAAUCACAUGUGACAUUGAAACCACAGAGAAGAUCGGCAUUGUUGGUCGAACUGGUGCAGGGAAAUCCAGUCUGACGAACUGUUUGUUUCGCAUCAUUGAAGCUAGUGAAGGUCGAAUCAUCAUCGACGGUAUUGACAUCUCCACCCUGGGGCUUCAUGACCUCAGGAGUAGACUUACCAUCAUUCCACAGGACCCAGUUCUCUUCUCUGGAACUCUGCGGAUGAACCUGGACCCUUUCCUGAAGUUUAGUGAUGAGGAAAUAUGGAACGUUCUGGAGCUGGCUCAUCUGAAAGAUUAUGUGCAGGGUUUGCCGACAGGACUUCAGCACGAGGUCUCGGAGGGGGGAGAGAACUUAAGUCUUGGUCAGAGACAGCUGCUGUGUUUAGCCCGAGCUUUGCUCAGGAAAUCCCGUAUACUCAUCCUGGAUGAAGCCACAGCAGCCGUGGAUCUGGAGACGGACGAUCUCAUCCAGAGCACCAUCCGCAGGGAGUUUUCCCACUGUACUGUUCUCACCAUCGCACACCGGCUCAACACCAUUCUGGACAGUUCACGGGUGAUGGUCCUGGAUUCUGGGAAGAUCGUGGAGUUUGAUUCGCCCAGUACUUUGCUUCACAAACAGGGACAUUUCUAUUCAAUGGCGAAGGAUGCUGGAAUCUGA